AUGGAACUAACAUCUGAUGAUGAUUUUCCCCGAGCUAGUCAGUCAGCUAUCGCUGCUACUAGGGAACAACUACGGAGUUCUCCAUCCCGUACAAAUAAAUCAACUUUGUGUGCUCGAAAGUCUACUACUAGACGUCCUAAUCGAAAAAGAAUCAACUUCGAGAGCCAAGUUCAAACUGGAUUUGAACGUCUUGAAGAGUCUCGAACAAGCUUGUUGGAUGUCUUACGGUCGCGGCAUAACUCAAAAGCAACUUUUGGUGAUGCUGUAGCUGUAUUGGAGACAUUGCCGGUUCAACCGAUGAGGAAAUUUUGGUGGGAAGCAAAUAGGCUGUUGAUGAAUGACGAAGAUGUUCGUGAUGGAUUUAUGAAAUUACAGAGUGAAGAAAAUAAAAUUCAAUUUUUGGAGAACCUAACUGGAGUUGAUAGAUACGGCUAUCCAAUUGAUAUUAUCAAUCUGAGGGGUACUAGCAGCUCUGCAACUACUUCUCUUCCAUCUAUGCACUUACAAAUUGCAGGAAUUAAUACUAAUGCAUCCUCAAGUUUCUCCCAAGGAUAUGGAAUGUUUGAUAUGUGUUCUUCAGGGACUACUUUCUCAUUUUUGCUUGGAGUUGUGCCCUCACCUAACAUAAUAGGCGAAACUAGAAGUGGCACAAAUUAG